CUAACCUCGUUGACUACCAUUUUGUCAAAGGUGGGACUUCGGUACCUAAUGAGCGAGGAAAGGUUAAAUGCGAGGCUUUGUGUCACGCAACAAUAAAUAAUAGGCACUAUCAGAAGAAUAUUUGAAGAAGUAGCCAACUCGCUAGCUCACAAAAAACACGCGAUAUUUCUGGUCAUACAACACAUUCCUAAGAGCGUGCCAGAACGUGAAGACUCAAUGGAUUCGCCCUCUUCUCAGAAAGUCAUGCUGAAAAGCACCACCAAAGUGUCGCUGAACGAGCGCUUCACUGACGUGUUGAAGAACAAGCAGCCGGUGGCAGUCAGCAUCAGGGCCACUGUGCAGCUGCAGCACAGCGCCAGUGCCCACAACCGUCGCCUGGCUCAGCAGAUGGAGCACAGGCCGUCUGUGCUGGCCGCCCUGCAGCACAAGCAGAGCCUGAAGCAGCGGCUGGGGAGGAGCAACAUCCAGGCCAGGCUGGGCCGGAGCAGGGCCACAGGCUGGGGGUUCCCCACGGCAGGCCUGCGAGGGAUGAGUCGAGGGGGCGUUAGAGGUCGAGGUGGGCGAGGUGGCCCCAUGAGAGGAGCCACGUCUCUUAGAGGCAUGGGUCAGGUGCGUGGACGGGGAGGCCCCGCACUGCUGGCUGUGCGUCGGGGCUGGAGGCAGCGGGGUGGCUUUGUGGGCCGUGGAGGGGCGCUGAUGGGCCGAGGAGGAUCCAGAGGGAACGGUCUGUGGGGUCGUGGCAGCUUUGGGGGCAGGGGCCGUGGGCGGGGCCAGGGCAGAGGGGUGGGACGUCCCGCUGUCACUCAGGAGCAGCUGGAUAACCAGCUGGACGCCUACAUGUCCAAGACCAAAGGACACCUUGACGCAGAGCUGGACGCAUACAUGGCCCAAACUGACGCAGAAUGCUUUGUGUAGGCUGCUGUGGCUGCCACCCCUCAGAGACUUACUCACAGCACAGUCCAACUGAGUCCAAGCUCACUCUGACCACCGUUUACCAAGCAACCAUAGUCAGCGGUUUACCACACAGGAGCAUGGAAGACACUAAAAGCAAACCCCAGCAAAGACCCCUGUACCCACACUACCACCUCCAAUAAAACCGACUCAGACUAAAGCUGAAACUGAUACUCUUAGUAUCUGUAGAUUUGAAUUUACUGUAGGCUCACAUGCACACUGGCCAAACGCAGUAGUGCAUUUAGAGCAGUUCCAUUUCAGGGAUAGUUUCUACCUAAAUUGAACUUAUGCUACGAUAAGAGGGGAGGGAGAGACUGUGUGAAUAUAAUGUCAGCCAGUCUUACUGGAACCUGAAACAAGUAUUUUGGGGUGUAAUGGGUUAGUAAUAGGUCAACGGUACAGAUUUAAAAAGGUCAGCAGUUGCUGUGCAACACUGGUUCAGAAGCUAAGUUCGAUCGUUACCAGUCAUUUGAGCUGAUUACUUUUUCCUCUCAAAGGGAUGAGCUCUCAUUCCCCUGUUCUGCUUCUUCAGACCUUUUCCUCCUCAUUGCUACAGGACAUCUUUAUUUUUUUAUUUUUUGUAUCGGCAGUGUCUAAUGCUAAGUGCAGCUAGACUGAGAUCCAGUAGCAUGUUGCCUGACUAUCAUCCUGACUUGCAAAGGCCCUUGAAGAAUCGGGCUCUCAUGGAUGCUGACGCAGUUGAGUUGAGGGUUGAUUUGGUCUUUAAAAUGUUUGAAGUCUGUGCAGCAUAUGCCCUCACUCAUCAUUCCUCCUCCCCUUCUGCAAUGUGUGCUCAUCAGGUCUGAUCAUCAGGUUCAUUAGCAGUUUGUUCAAAUCAAAUAUUUCCUCUUGUGAUUAGGUGCAUUGUUUCUUCAUAACUAAAAAUGACCAGAACUGCUGACUUUCAGUGUGACAAAGUUAUAUCUUGAGAUGUUCAAUAUUAGAGAUAGCUACUGGUUUUCAACACAGCCGUUUAAACUUUUUGGAGAUUCUGUUGCUGUUUAGUCCUCAAACUAUGCUGCCCAUUCUUACACUCUUAAUUUAUAUUUCUUUGAAUAUAAGGUAAAAAGUUUCGCUUGUUUGUAAAGUUAUUGGAUUUAAAAAAAAUGUGAAUUAACAAUUUUGGGGUAAAAAAAGCGGUGCAUAUUACAAUUUUUGUAUUAUUCAUAUUUGAUAUGAGGCUGUUCUGUAUUAUUUUAAUAAAGACCAAAUAUUUGAA